AUGGCACCAGCAGGAUGGAUGAAUGACCCAAAUGGAUUGGGAUACGACCCAAAAACAAGCUUAUACCAUUUAUGCUUCCAAUGGAACCCGCACGGGAAUGAUUGGGGCAAUAUCUCCUGGGGCCAUGCUAUAUCUCCAGACCUGGUGUCAUGGGCGAUAUCCACCGAUCCCAUCUUGACGCCCGCUACUAAAUAUGACCGCCUCGGUGUCUUUACGGGAUGUCUACAGGCAACCGAUGCCUUUGGACAGCCGGGAGCUCUCACAGCCAUAUACACCUCCGUGAGCCAUCUCCCAAUCCGUUAUACGCUCCCAUAUACACUCGGUAGUGAGUCUCUCAGUUUAGCUGUCUCGCAAGACGGAGGCAAGACCUGGGAGCGCCAGACCUGCAACCCGUUCCUCACUGGCCCGCCUCCACAUCUUAAUGUGACGGGCUGGAGAGAUCCUUUUAUCACAACUUGGGCCGAAGGACCUCUUUCCAAACACACACCGUCAACACUAUAUGGCUUUGUGUCAGGAGGGAUUUCCAAGAAAACUCCAACAGUAUUUGUCUACACUGUCCAAGCAACAGAUCUCAGCAAGUGGGAGUUCAUUGGCCCAUUGAUCGACGUCGGCCUCAAUCUACAUCCAUCUCGCUGGUCAGGCGACUAUGGUCUGAACUGGGAAGUUGCUAAUCUGAUGACCUUGACCAAUGAUACCACGUCUCGGGACUUCAUCAUAAUGGGAGCCGAGGGCUGUGUGCCAUUCGAGAGUUCAAACCAAGACGCGGCCCAAGAAGCACGUCGGAGACGAGAACCCCGAGGCCAGUUCUGGAUAUCUGUCACAUCCAACGGAGAAAAGCAAUCUACCUCCACAGACGGUGCUCUAGCCUCAUAUGCUUUCUCUGGUAUCUUCGAUCAUGGCUGCUACUAUGCGGCGAACUCCUUCUACGACCCUCAAACCUCGCAACGUAUCGUCUAUGGCUGGAUCACGGAAGAGGACCUGUCCAAUACUCUGCGUCAUCGCCAAGGAUUCAGUGGCCUGCUUUCACUUCCUCGUGUAGUGGGAUUGAUGACAACGAGAAAUGUCAAGAAGGCACGAAUCUCGGAGUUAAGUUCGAUUACCUCAAUUGAAGCAGUCCCCGAUGCACCUGGUACCGGUACUUUCACGAUCCAUACCAUGAAGAUCAACCCAGAUAGCCGACUUGCGCGGCUCAGACAGAGUGCACGGGAGAGCCACCUCGCUGACGUUGCCCUGUCUACAUCACCUUCACAAAGUGCGAUGCUGUUGGGGACAUCUAAAUGGGAAAUCGACGCCGAAUUCUCGGUUAGUAGAUCCUGUGCACGUGUGGGUAUCAGGAUUCUACACACUCAUGACGGUCAAGAUUGCACGACCCUUUCCUGGGACCCACGAAGUGAGACCUUCGAAAUCCAUCGACCUUUGAUUGACGACACUGAAGUAAACCAUGGCUAUGAAACUGCUCCGCACACGCUAUUUACUUGCCUGAAUGAGCGAGGUGACGAGGUUGAAGAAACUCUUCGAGUGCACGCUUUCUUCGACUCAAGUGUGUUAGAAGUUUUUGUCAAUGACAGAACGGUCAUAUCUACACGAAUCUACCACCCAGAAGCUAAUUGCUUCGGACUACUGUUCUUCGCAGAGUCUGAUGCUGGGGUGGACGGGGAUCAGCCUGCAGUUCUCGUGCGAGCUUCUAUAUGGGAUGGGCUUGGUGUAUGA